CCAUCACUUCCCUCUCCAAGGCUACAGCGAGCUCAGAGCUCUUCCCCACGCAGAAUGCCUGCUAUGCCUAGUGCUUGGCUUCCAUUGUCUAAUUUUCUCAUCCUGGCUGGGGAAAGGGAAGGCUGCAAGUCCUUCCGUUCGGAAGAAAUCCAGCUGAAUGCAGCUUAGCUGCUGGUGGUGUUCCUUGGCUAGCCACUGUGGUCUCAGAGGGAUCUGCCUAUGAGUCUGUAGUUUCUUAGCUGCCUAAGAAUCUGUGGGAUCCGCCUACAAUCUCUGGGUUUUGCCUGCAAGUCUACGGAAUCGAGAUCUACUUGCGGGUCUGAAAUAUCCGGGAUCUGCCAGUAGCUAUCUCUAGAAUCUUUCCGAACGCCUGAAGUCUCAAAGAACUCUGCUUGCGGAUUUGGAAUCUGUUUAGGGUCUCUCGGAUCUUGGAGCAGGGAUCUAGUGGGUCUUUUACACGCCAGGAGUGCUGUCUGCUAGCUGCUUUUCCUGCUCUCUCUCCUGGGAGGCGAAUCCUUGAGCCCGAGAUGGCAGCCACCCUGCUUAUGGCUGGGUCCCAGGCACCCGUGACAUUUGAAGACAUGGCCAUGUACCUCACCCGGGAAGAAUGGAGACCCCUGGACCCUACACAAAGGGACCUUUACAGGGAUGUUAUGCAAGAGAAUUAUGGAAAUGUUGUCUCAUUAGAUUUUGAGAUCAGGAGUGAGAACGAGGUGAAUCCAAAGCAAGAGAUCAGUGACGAUGUAGAAUUUGGGACCGCAUCCGAAAGACCUGUUGGGAAUGCUGAAGAAAAUCCUGAAAGUGAAGAGGCCUUCGAAAGCAGGGACAGAUCGGAAGGACAGUGGGGAGACCUGACAGCAGAAGAGUGGGUCAGCUAUCCUCUCCAGCAAGUCACGGACUUGCUCGUCCACAAAGAGGUUCACACAGGUAUCCGCUAUCACAUAUGUUCUCACUGUGGAAAGGCCUUUAGUCAGAUCUCAGACCUUAAUCGGCAUCAGAAAACCCACACUGGAGAUAGACCCUACAAGUGUUACGAGUGUGGAAAGGGCUUCAGUCGGAGCUCACACCUCAUUCAGCAUCAAAGAACACACACUGGGGAGAGACCCUACGACUGUAACGAGUGUGGGAAAAGUUUUGGAAGGAGCUCUCAUCUCAUCCAGCAUCAGACAAUCCACACUGGAGAAAAGCCCCACAAAUGUAACGAGUGUGGGAAAAGUUUCUGCCGGCUAUCCCACCUAAUCCAACACCAAAGGACCCACAGUGGGGAGAAACCCUAUGAGUGUGAGGAGUGUGGGAAAAGCUUCAGCCGGAGCUCUCACCUCGCCCAGCACCAGAGGACACACACAGGCGAGAAGCCUUACGAGUGUAAUGAAUGCGGGCGAGGCUUCAGUGAGAGGUCUGAUCUCAUCAAGCACUAUCGAGUCCACACGGGAGAGAGGCCCUACAAGUGUGACGAGUGCGGGAAGAACUUCAGUCAGAACUCGGACCUCGUGCGCCAUCGCAGAGCCCACACGGGAGAAAAGCCGUACCACUGUAACGAAUGUGGGGAGAACUUCAGCCGCAUCUCACACUUGGUUCAGCACCAGAGAACCCACACCGGGGAAAAGCCAUAUGAAUGUAACGCUUGUGGGAAAAGCUUCAGCCGGAGCUCUCAUCUCAUCACACACCAGAAAAUUCACACCGGAGAGAAGCCCUAUGAGUGCAAUGAAUGUUGGCGCAGCUUUGGUGAAAGGUCAGAUCUCAUUAAGCACCAGAGAACCCACACAGGAGAGAAGCCUUAUGAGUGCGUGCAGUGUGGAAAAGGUUUCACCCAGAGCUCCAACCUCAUCACACAUCAAAGAGUUCAUACGGGGGAGAAGCCUUAUGAAUGUACUGAAUGUGAGAAGAGUUUCAGCCGGAGCUCAGCUCUUAUUAAACAUAAGAGAGUUCACACUGACUAAGUCUUGUAAUUAUGACUGAUAAAUGAUUCACUUGAAGGUACAAUUUUAUUUGCUAUUAGAGAGCUCUCUCAAGACUGAGCUGCUUAUACCGUACUGAAUUUCCUUGCUGUAGGCCACAGUUUGAAACGUCAGUGAAGACAAGCCAUUUGAAAUUCUGACCCAUGGCUUUGGGAAUGUUAUUCCCUCCUAAACAUAGUGAUUUUUAUUCACUCAGUAUUAACGAAGUACUUCAUUGAAAUCAGCCCCACAUGUAACUGGACCUCUGAAGUCUAGGGGAUAAAGGCUGAUAAAUACUCAGGCCUGGAAGUAGAGUAAAUUUUUAAAAGUUCUUCCUCCUAGCCCUGGCUCCAAAAACUGUGCCGAGGGCAAUGCUGGGCUGUAAUAGGGUGGUCACAGCUGUUUUGGAAAAGGACAAGAGACUUUGCAUGAAUGGCCACACUUACUCACUUACCAUAGUUGGGCACACGCAUCUUCCCUUCCAAAGGGCUUUCUCCUUGAGUUGCUCAUGCACUUGUAGCCUUCCGACGUCCUGAGAGCUGGAUUCUGCACUAUGGAGGCAAUGAUCAUAACUUUUCUUCUCAUUGUUUCUAAUUAGCUUCUUUAAAGCUUGCAUUUUUGUGAAAGCUAACUGAAGAUAUGGAUUGCAAGGAAAAAUGAAACAGGUUUGGGGACCAAGGACUCAUCAGUGAUGGUGAUUUUAGCAAGUGAUGCCCACUGUUGUCAUUGCCAUUAAUCAGAAUUGAUUCGUUUUCUUUGGGGAUCAUUGUAGGGAACAUUGCAAUGAAAAUAGCUUCAAGGAGAGAUAGGACCAUAAGUGAUGGUGGAGCGUAAGGAGCAAGUGGAAUUGAUGGCUUCAGGGAAGGAAGCACAGAGUCCCUUCCCAAGGAACACAGGUCAUUUCUGUGUUCUUUCCCCUCUGCCCUUUAAGGUCCCUUCUCCCUAUACUAUUAACUCUGGAUCUGAUAAGGGCCACGUCCCAGUGUUUCUCUUAGCUUGCAUAAGGGCAUGUGUAUGUACAGUAACAUGUGUGUUCCUGUGGUUUUUCCCAUAGCAGAAACAACUCACACAGAAGUAGCAUGUAACCGGGUGAUGUUGAUUGUGUGGCAGAGCUACAGACAUAACUCCAAUGUGAGAAAUGUCCUUUUCACUCUAUGAAGAAAAAAUGUGAACACUAGUGCUCUAGUGUACGCUCUUUUGUAAGGUCUGUCUUUGGACAGAACUAAGCACUUGUCCGUAUGUAUCAGCCCAUCGUGGGAUAUAAGGACUGGACGGAUAGGUUGACUGUCCUGUUCUGAGACUGAAUAUCUUCUCUUUGGGCUAGUCACAAGGAAUUAGUAAACGUAUAGGAAUGUAUUUUCAUCCUCUCAGCCUACAGAUAUAAAGUGAUUAAGAGUUGACUUAAUGUAAGCCCAGUAGUGUCAGUUCUCCCAUCUCAGCCCAUCUAAGAAUUAAGAAGUGUCCCCAAUGUUUUUGCUUAUCCAAGUAUUUGAGGGUGUGAGUGGAAGGGAAUUAAUGCCCAGGAGAUGGGAUUCAAGUAAGGAAAUUGUUUAUUUUUGAGUGUGCCUCAAGUUACUUCUACUGUGCUUUAUUGUGAGAGUUUUAACAUUUGAAACCUACUUUUGCCAUAGCUCUUUGGAAGCUGGCGUUAAAAGAGCCAGUGGUCUCUCUAAAGUAGUGUACUGUACUGAGUUACGACCCACAGCCGUGUGGGACUAACACGACCUCCAAAGUAACAAAAAAUCCCACUCCACCGAUGAGCUUUUUUUCUGUUGUCACUCCUAUUUAAAUACAAACUCGGGCAGGGAGCGUGUUUUUUGUUCUAUACAAACUCUUGCCAACUGUGGGUAUUCAUAUUUUAAUUGUUGUUGAAUGACUUUCAUGUUCUUGAUGACUAAACUAAAAUAUGUCUCGUACCAUAUCAGUGUUGCUGAUGGUUUUAAUGAAUAUCAAAGUUCUGUUUCAGUGAGCUCCUAGGGCCUCAGCCUUGGAGUGGCCAUAGAAGACAGUAUCUUCAUGACAUAACUCUAUUUCACUUCCUUUUCCUUCCCUACUCUCCCGCCCCGCCCCUCCCCACCCCCAACCUGUGCCUGCUGCUGCUUUGGCAUCUUAAGUAUCCCGGCCAUCUCUCCAUACAUGUACACUCCAGCUGGGAAGUUAAAAGGGCAAGGGCCAGACCAGCUCCGUCUCCUCUCUGUCUGCCAGUUGCUGCCCAUUUGUUGAACUUUGCGUAGAAGUUAUGCAUCGGACUCUCUUUGCUAAUGCUUUUGCAUGCCUUCUGCUCCCAAGACCCUGGCUGCUUCUGCACAUACCCUGAACACUUCGUGCCUGUUUUCUAUGGUUGUGGAGAGUGGAUGAGUAAGUAUGUAGAGCAGUUUUCCUUGUGGUAUUGGUCACAGUUAUCCUAGUGUCGAUCUAUAUCUGUAUUAUUCUAACAAUAUUCUAUAAUUAAAAGUAUAAUUUUUAAAAUCAAAA